AUGCUGAAACGCGUAUGGAAGCCUUCCCUGCGCCGCACCUGGAAGCUCCACGUACAUUCGAGGGGAAACCGUGUCUUAAUCCCGGCGGAAGAAAAGAUCGAGGAGGAGACGUUGCUAGGCUACGCUGCGAAGGUGUACUAUCCCGUUCGAAUUGGACAAACAUUCCAGAGCCGCUAUCAAGUCGUGGGAAAAUUGGGCUUUGGCGGAAGCUCGACUGUUUGGCUGGCACGAGACCUUCAUGAGUGUCAGUACGUUGCUCUCAAAGUCUGUGUCAAGUCCGCCGAAUUGAGGGGAAGCGAGCUGGACAGGGAGCUGGACGCCUACAAACGGAUCGCAGAAUCCCCCGACCACCACCCGGGCCGUGGUGCCAUACGCUCUUUACUCAAUUCCUUUGAUGUCGAAGGUCCGAGUGGGCGGCAUCUAUGUMUAGUGCAUCCCCCUCUAUGGGAGAGCAUCCGCAAGAUCAGACAUCGCAGUCCCGUCGGAAGGUUGCCAGCUCCAGUCUUGGCAUUGGUACUCCAACGUCUGUUCCUCGCCUUGGACCUGCUGCACACGGAAUGUCACGUGGCACAUACCGACAUCAGAGAAGAGAACAUCCUACUCGAAGCAGACUCGUCGGUUCUGACUCGUUUUGAGAGUGACGAGUUGAAGGAGCCCAGUCCAAAGAAGGAACUGCAUGGCACCAUCGUCUACCCGUCCCGCGAAAUGGGCACACCGAAGGAGUUCGGCCUGUCUAUGCUGUGCGACUUUGGUUUGGCCGUGCCGUUGGACGAUGGACAUGAGCAUCGUGAAGUUGUCCAGCCCUGUGACUACCACGCUCCAGAAAUCAUCUUGGACAUUCCGUGGACAUAUAGCGUGGACAUUUGGAACGUGGGGUGCAUGGUGUGGGAUGCCUUCGAGGGCGAGCCCUUGUUCACCGGCCGCGAUCCAGAAUUCGGCACCUACACGGGGCGAGCUCAUCUCGCUGAGAUGACCGCUCUCCUCGGACCUCCACCGCCAAGUCUUCUUGCUCGGGCAAACCUGAGAAGCGAGUUCUUUUCUGACGAGGGGGACUUCAUCGCAGAUAUUCCUAAGCUUUCACCUAGACCGCUUGAGCAACGGGAGAGAUUCCUCGAUGGGGAAGAAUGCAGAGAAGAAAGGGAGUGCUUCCUGCGCUUCAUGCGGAAGAUGCUACAGUGGGAACCGGAACAGCGUAGCUCCGCCCGGGAGUUGGUAGAGGACGAGUGGAUUCUAAAGUAUACUGAAGGAGAGUGA